AUGACUAUUCGUUUUUUGGAUAAUAAAACUGUUCAAAAACUACGCGCAUUUCAUGUUUCAUCAGUGGCACAAUGUGUAGUUGAACUUGUUCAAAACAGUCUCGAUGCCAUGGCAACUACAAUUGAAAUUCAUGUUGAUCUGACAAAAUAUUUCAUACAAGUUAUUGACAAUGGAAACGGAAUCCCACCCACUGAUAUGGAUAAAAUUGGACAGCGACACGCCACGUCAAAAUGUCAUACAUUGGAAGACUUAGCGCAUAUAAAGACAUAUGGGUUUCGCGGAGAAGGUCUUAAUUCAAUAGGUGGGCUUCGUCUUCAACUAGGUCCGACUCGAAAUAGUGAGCGUGCAAAACCUGGAACUAUAGCAAUAAUCCGUGAUUUAUUCUAUACGUAUCCAGUUCGUAGAAAAAUGCAAUCUGUUAAUACGAUCGCGAACGAACUGGAAAAUGUUAAAAAAGCUGUUGAAAUAUUAGCAUUAAUAAACCCUCAAGUGGCAUUUACUCUGGUUGAUGCGUCGAUAGAUAGAAAAAUAGUUAACACGAGGAAGGCUUCGUCAACUAUUCCUACUAUUUCUACAUUCCGGCAACUUUACGGCGCUUCUUUAGCACAGGCAUAUGUCAAUAAACGUUUCAUUGCUAACAAUGAGUUGUAUAAACUAAUCGAUGAUUUAUUUAACCAAAGCAACUUUGGAAAAAAGUUCAACGAAGAUUCAAUUUUGAAAUCGAAAUCGGAAUUUCCAGGCAAAUCGAGAAAGAAUGUAUUAACAAAGUCAUUGGAAAAAUAUCCUAUUUUCUUCAUUCAUAUUACUUGCUCAACAACGGAUUAUGAUAUAUCUUUGGAUCCAGCUAAGAAUAUAAUAGAGUUUGAGAACUGGCCAAAGAUCAUGGAUCUUUUAUCGAGUCUUGUGACACAAUUUUUAUCAUGUCAUGGAUUUUUAAUGCAAGAUAUGGUGGCAUCGAAUGUGAAAAAUAUUAAUGCUUCAACAAACAAUAAUAAGUCAAGAGUUAGACCUAGCUACGAUUUGUCAUUGUCAUUUGAGGACUUGACGCAUAUAAAAAGUGGUGGAAGGCAACAAUAUAUUUUCCAAGACGAAGAACUGAAAGGUGGUCCAUACAGUAUGUUAUCUAAAAAUGUUAACGAGUCUGAAAACAUUUUAGUUGCAUCAAAAAAAACCGUGAAAAUAAAAGAAAAUGAAUAUGCAAAGUGGACAGAACCUCAUACCAAACAAGAAUUUUAUAUAGAUACGCGGACUGGAAAUUCGAAUGUACCUGGGCAGACCAAAUCUGCAUCAGAAAACUGCACAAAAGCAAGAAUAGAUCGAAGCCGAUUACGUACAUCGAAUGAUAAAAACAUCAUCGGCGAUUUAUAUGCUACAUCGUGGGCAAAAGACGCGUUAGAGAAAUGGAAUAACCCCGUGUUUCAAAGUUAUGAAGCACCAAUUCCUUUGCUCAAACACAUAUCAACGUGUAAUAAAAAAUCAUCUGUAAAGAGCAGCUUUUUUUCUUGUAAUGAUCUUGCACAAUCAGAUUUUGUUGAGCAUCGAUUCAGCAAGCAAGAUUUCGCUCAGGCUCAAGUCAUUGGUCAAGUUGACGAUAAAUUUGUUGCUUGCAAAUUACCUUAUUCACGAGCGAUUGGACCUGAUCUUCAGGACGGUACACAACAAAUUUUAGUUUUAGUUGAUCAACAUGCAGCAGACGAACGUGUACGUGUUGAAAUGCUGAUGAAAGAGUUUUGUGAUUUCAAAAAUAAGGAACGAAUGCAAAAUAUGAAUGAUAAUGAGGUUCAUCCAAUAAGUUCUCUUGUCGAAACAGUUCAAAUAAAUCCCCCUAAUAAAAUAGUUUUAACAGAACGAGAGAUUCGAGUUGUGAAGAGAUUUGAAGCUAAUUUUAAUAGUUGGGGAAUUUUUUUUAGUGAUAAUAUGGAUACAAAACAAGAUAAUGCAUCGCUUUCAUUCACUACACCAUUUGUAUCUCCACAUUUUAACGCAUCGUCAACCGACAAUGACCAUAUCCCUAUUUAUGUUACCCAUCUUCCUAAAAUGAUUGUUGAUCGCUGUGUAUUUGAUUCACGAGUGACGCAAGAACUCUUACGUCAACAUUUGUACUGGUUGGAAGACACGGGUGGAAUUGGUAUUAGUAACGUAGAAGUUGAAAAGCGUCUCGAUACCAAUGAGCAAAGUGAUUGGAAGACAAUUAUAAGACAAUGUCCGAGAGGGAUAAUUGAUAUAUUGAAUUCGAAGGCUUGCCGAGGUGCAAUCAAAUUCAAUGAUAAACUGACUCUGAAUCAAUGUCAAGAAUUAAUUUCAGAGCUCGCGCUCUGCGAUUUUCCAUUUCAGUGUGCACAUGGCAGGCCUUCCAUGAUUCCUAUUAUAUAUUUAGAUGAAUUUGCAAAAACAACACAAGCUUCUUACCGAAAUAAAUCGCAACUUAAACAUAAUAAAUUAUAUAGGACGAACGAAAAAUCCGAAACCACUUUUGAUCAACUCGUAAAUUUUAGUUGGAAGAAAUGCAAAAUUAAUUUGGAGCAAUUUCGACUAUAA